AUGACAGACUACGAUCCCGGAGGCGUAGCGGAAUUCGCCCCGCCACCACUUGAAUUGUUCAUGGAACCGACGAGAGAGAUGAAGCGAGAGAUGCGUAAAGCGGCAAAGCGUCCUUCUGAAUGGUUGCGUUUGCUCGCCGGAGAUUGGGCAGUGGGGAAUGAGGCCAUUGUCGAAAUGGCCGACCAAAAGUUUAUCGAAUUCAAGCCCUACUUGAAAGGGAUUCUUACCUCCCAACUCUUGUGCCGUCUCUCUGCUCCUGUCACUAACAGCGUGGAUGGCAGCGGUCCUGCGGAUUUUUGGAGAAUUUUGGGAAUCAUGGAUGAAUUUGACAAGGCCUACAUUGUUGCCCAGGUUGAACGAUUUUGUGUCAUGUAUAAUAUUCGAGGACUCCCAGAGGACGCAGCGGAGAAUGUCAAUCAUUCGAAUCUCUAUACCAACGAUCUGGCAACACAAGAUGCUUCCAUCGCGGCGGCCGCCGGAAUCUCCGUGUCGCCCACUGGAGGAAUUGUGAACCUGCCGUUUCCUCACAUGGAAGCCCCUACAGCCGUGGCGGCCGCUGCUGCUGCGGCGGCUGUCACUCAUCAUGAUGCGACCGUCGGCAAGUUGAGCAAGAAGCAAGUCAAUGAAGUUUCUCGUGCUCAUCGCAUGGCCAAAGAUGCCGAAAAGGCGUUGGAACAAGAGCGCCGUCAAAACCUCAAGAAGGAACAAAAGCGUCUUUCCCAAGAACGCAAGGAACAAAAGCAGCGCGAACGAGAGGCUGUACAGAUGCGCAGGGCACAGGAACGCUCUCAGCGAGAAGCUUCUCGCGAAGACCGCCGCAAGAAAAAGCUGGAAAUUCGAAUGCAGCGAGAAAAAUUCGCGCAAGAACAGAAAGACCUAGCUUUGAAGCGUGCGGCGGAAUUGGUGAAUUCCAACCGUGUUCCUAUUGAAAUUACUCGCGGAGCAGCUGCUGCCAAGGCGGCGGCCAAUGCAGCUUUGGCAGCAGGAGGACAUCAGCCUGUCCCAGAGCCCGUUGCCGUGCCCAGCAAGAAGCCCCGGUCGGCUAUUGUGGUCUCGACUGCAGCGGAUCUCCACCAGAUUGUUACCCACUCCAAGAAUUUGUGGGCCAAAUACAACGCCAUUGCGAAGGAGCACAAUCAAAAGGUCAAUUGGAUCACAGUGGCAAAGGAACUUGGCAUUCACGUCAAGGUCCGUGAAAAAUACGCUCGCAUGCACUCACGUGCCGAACAACGUGGGUUUGAUUGGCAGAUCAAUGGCCACUUCAAAAUCAAAGAUCACCCCGAGAUCUUUAUUGAGCCGACCGAGUCGGAACAGAAGGCCAAGAUGCCCCUCCCUCCUCCCGAUACGAGCACCACGGUCCUAAUUGCGGGCAACAAGGAGGUCAGUGACGGUGUUGCUGUUCACCAUCAUCCGCACCACCAGCCGCACGAACAUCAUCAGCCGCCUCAGCAGCACAAUCCGCAUUCAAUUGCGCUCGAGCACAAUCCGCAGCCUCCGGAACACCCGCCACAAUUCAAUCACCACCCUGGGUACAACGAAGCGCCUAUGAUGGUGGUGGAUGGCAACUCGUCCGAUGAUGCCGCCUCUGCGGCCGCCCGCGUCGUGGAUGCAGCGGUCACCGCUCAUCACCACCCAGUGGAUACACUUGUACCUCCCUCAAGCGUCGAAGAUCAUUCGGCUACUGCUGCAGCCGCAGCUGUCGCGGCUUCCCUUGUCGCGGAUCCUACCGCCAACUUGAUGCAUCAUCAUGAAGAAACCUAUCAUCAUCCACCGCCCACAGUCGCUUGA